UUUUGUCAUUAAGUAGAUGAAAAAGGAAUGUCGUCAAAACACGUUAUCUUCCAUAAUCUUCACACCAAUCCAACCUUUCUUUGGUUAUCUGCUAAGAGUAAAAAAUAGCUGACAGCGGCAGCGUUGGUAAUGACGGCCACCAGCGAUCCGAACCCCGAAGUUUCCGACGAGCAGCAAAAACGAUCGGAGAUAUACACAUAUGAAGCUCCCUGGUACAUCUACGCUAUGAAUUGGAGCGUCCGCCGCGACAAAAAGUACCGACUCGCCAUCGCCAGCCUCCUCGAGCAAUACCCUAACCGUCUCCAGAUUGUUCAACUCGACGACUCCAAUGGUGAGAUCCGGUCGGAUCCCAACCUCUCCUUCGACCAUCCCUAUCCCGCUACUAAGACCAUCUUCAUUCCCGACAAGGAUUGCCAGAAACCCGAUCUUCUCGCUACCUCCUCCGAUUUUCUUCGCAUAUGGCGGAUCUCGGAUGACGGUUCCCGCGUUGACCUCAAAUCGCUCCUUAAUGGCAAUAAGAACAGUGAAUUUUGCGGUCCUCUCACGUCUUUCGACUGGAACGAGGCGGAGCCGAAGCGAAUCGGGACUUCCUCCAUUGAUACGACUUGCACUAUUUGGGAUAUCGAGAAGGAAACAGUGGAUACCCAGUUAAUUGCCCACGAUAAGGAGGUUUACGACAUCGCUUGGGGUGGAGUUGGGGUUUUCGCUUCCGUCUCCGCCGACGGUUCCGUUAGGGUUUUCGAUUUACGCGACAAGGAACAUUCGACGAUCAUCUACGAGAGUUCGGAGCCGGACGCGCCGCUGGUGCGGUUGGGGUGGAACAAGCAGGACCCCAGAUAUAUGGCAACCAUUAUAAUGGAUAGUGCCAAGGUGGUUGUUUUGGAUAUCCGUUUCCCGACGUUGCCGGUGGUUGAGUUGCGGAGACACCAGGCGAGCGUCAAUGCCGUCGCUUGGGCUCCCCAUAGUUCCUGCCACAUUUGCACCGCCGGCGAUGAUUCUCAGGCGUUGAUUUGGGAUUUGUCUUCGAUGGGUCAGCCUGUUGAAGGUGGGCUUGACCCCAUUCUUGCAUACACAGCUGGGGCUGAAAUUGAACAGUUGCAAUGGUCGUCGUCUCAGCCUGAUUGGGUGGCCAUUGCCUUCUCCACUAAGCUUCAGAUUCUAAGGCAAGUACUUAUUCAAGUACAUAAUACCAUGCGCCAUUAUCAAAGUAGCCACAACAACACUCACCGAUUUAGGGUUUAAGGGGGGUUCUCUGUCACUGGUAUUACAUUCACGACCGACAAUCCAUAUGCAACAGGGAUUUAAAUUCCC